CGGCGAAAUAAAUCGUCAAACACGUUAAAGUGAUUUUCCGCUCACUGAUGUCAUCCUCUGUCAAUCCAAGCACGCACCACACAUCAACAGCACACAUCAUGCAGGACAGAAUAAGUUUGGAAGGGGACGCUGCCGCCAGUACACCUGCGGCUGUGCAGCGCUUAGUACAGGAGAUCCAAGACGACCAGCAAAAGUCGGCGCAACAGCAACAGCAGCAAGACGUGAAGCUGAUUACGCCCAAACCAGGGUUUUGCAUCAAGACGGAUAUUGAGAGCGGUGAAAAGGUGUUCUUGAACAUUUGCCACUCCGAAGAUAUCCCUGCACCACCAUCCAUUUCUGAUGAGGAGCUGGCACUUGUCAUUGCCAACGAGGAUGGCACCCGUUUUCGCAUUCCCAUGAGCGUGGGACCGCCACACAUGGAGCCAGACAACACUGGCACGCCCUGCCGCGCAUUUGAUGCCAUUGUAAACAGCAGUGUUGUGGAGCAGCUCAACGAGCGAGAAGGCAUGCGCGAGUUUGUGGUGGAGCUUGUCAUGUGUCAAGUGGAGGCCAAGCACAACCUCGCCCUCAACCGAGUGUACAAGGUGAUGAAGCGACGCAAAUCCAUGGGCAAACCGGUGCCCCAAAUGUGUCGCGUAAAGCGCAAGAUCCGCGAUGUCUCAACGAAGGAUGUGACCGUCGUGUCUGAAGACGACGCAAAAGACAGCGAGUGGAAAGGCCCACAGCCCAAGUAUGAGAUGUACAGGGACCCGGAGCACGGCCAUCCUGAGUUUCUCGUGUUUGAGUUCCAUCUCGACAAGCUCCGGUCUGCGCGCACGGUAGCGCUUGACGUGGGGGAGGAGCGACUUGUGGUGCACGCGCGUCCAAACGUGUACUACAUUGAUAUUGACAUCAAGUGGCCCCUUCGCCCAAACCUGACGGUCGCCCAGUUCAACAGACGGACGCGUAUCCUGACAGUGACGUGUGUCGUGGCAUCUCCACCAUAGCCCCCCUGUGAUCAAGCAGUGCAGCGUCAACGAUGGGGUAUACACACACGCACACACACACGUGCACACACACACACACACACGACAUACACAUUGGCAUUCACUUGUGCCCUCUCUCGGCUGCAACUACUCGUGUCGCUUGAGUGUCCAUUUAAUUGGUACUGUCACAAUCACCCGGUCCCACACGUAGUCGUCAUACACGCACACACGCACACACACACGUAUACGCACAUUGACAUACACAUAUGUACAAGUGCGAAUAUUCCAGCUGCUCUUCUCCUGUCUCCUUUUGUCUUCGCUGCAAGCCCGCUAUGUACAUACACAGCUAAAUACACAAUGAACAACCAACA